AUUGAGGGGGAAUUGGGUUCAGCCAUUCGGAUCUAAUCAAGUGUAUUGUUUUUCUGACGCCUUCCUGAUAAUGGGAUCAGUCAAUUGGACCAGCUCCUUGGAGAACGUGACAAACAGUAACAGUACUGUGAGUAACGUUAUCGCUGUUGCCUUUGGGGCCCUCAUCCUCAGCAUCGUCUUCCUCCUGGGUGUUCCUGGCAACCUCUUCAUUAUCUGGAGCAUCAUGGCACGUGCCCGCAAACGCUCUGUCACUACCCUGCUCAUCCUCAACCUGGCUUGUGCAGACGGUUUUCUGAUGUGUCUGACUAUUUUCUUUAUAAUAUACCUAGCUGAGCAGAACUGGAUUUUUGGAACGGUCAUGUGCAAGCUGCUUUUUUACUUGUGCAAUACAAACAUGUAUGCUUCUAUUAUGAUCAUUACGCUGAUGAGUCUACACAGACUAGUGGCAGUGAUGUGGCCCAAAUACUUGACUGCCUGCACUCGUAGACGGACAGUAUUACUUGUGCUUGGGGGCCUGUGGAUUGUCGUAUUUCUUUUGGCACUUCCUGCUGUAAUAUUCAGACAAAUAGAGAAGAAAGACAGUGGGACGGAAAACAUUGUGUGUGUAACUCCUCAUGGGUAUCCAAAUGCAGUGUUUCAAUACACACUUGAAACAGUGGUGGGCUUCCUGAUGCCAUGUGUGAUUAUAGUCAGCAGUUAUGUGUGUAUCCUUCGCCGCCUGAGACAGACCAUGUUCAAGAGAAGGAUACGGAGUGAGAACCUUAUUCAAGCCAUUAUUGUGACGUUCUUCAUUUUUUGGCUUCCUUACCACUGUGUUAAUAUAGUGCAAGUGGCAGCAGCUCUUACAUCAGAUAAAACACUCAAAUCUAGACUGGAUAACAUCUGGAAGUCCAGCCGUGCUGUUACAUCAGCUCUGGCUUUUAUCAGUAGUUGUGCCAAUCCUGUCCUCUAUGCCUUUGCUGGACGCUCCUACAUCAAAGCUGAUGGCCUGGCAUUCAUAGCCAGACUCUUUGAGGGCACUGUCCUGGACUAUGGUGCACGGAGAAACCAUCAGAACAGAGAUGUCAUCAGGCUCUAAACCUCAUUGGAGAACAGACACAUAAAAAUGAAUCUUGGACAAUAAAUUAGAUACUUUGGCAUCAGUUUGUAUUGCGACUGAUCCUGUAGGGAAUGAACAGGUCAAAAUGUAAUCUAGAGAGAAAGCAGCCUAAAGACCUGGUACUUUUAAAUUUGAUUUAACUCCAUUAUAAAUUAGUUAUAUGCAACUUGCCUUCAUUUUAAAUCAGCCUUCAAGUCUACAAACUGCUUAUACAGAAUUACCACCCCUUUGAAGAUUGCAUGGCCACUACACAUUCAUUGGAAUAAAUCCAUACUGGCAUUGUGUACAUAAAAUAUUUGCAUUGCCUCUUGUAAAUCUGUAUAAAGAUUGCAUACAUACUUUAAACACACCAGUGCAUACAUUUACAGGAUUGGAAUUGUCAUCAGCAAAUGAUCACAAGUAUUUUAGUCGUAUUGUGCAUUCACUUUUGAAUGUACAAACUCAUGCAGGAGUCAAACCUUUAUGGGCUGUCUUGUUGGAAAUAUCUAAAACAGUUUAAAACUCAAUUUAUGCAUGAAACUACUGAAGUAGUCACA